GAGAGAAGGUCAGCCAUUGAUGAAGCAGCAGAAGAUGGUUGUGCUGAGGACAUAAUAUCCUGAGGAACUCGAGGAGGUGUUAAAUCAUCGUGGGAGUUUCUGACUGGCUUUCACAAGCGUAAGGUGGAGAGGAGGAAAAAGGCUUUGGAAGAAAUUAAAGUGAAACUGAAGGAAGAACAGAAAAGAUUGAAAGAGGAGAGACACAAGGAAUACAUGAAGAUGUUCAAGGAGAGGCAAGAAGCUUUAGAGGAGGCUGAUGAGUUGGAUCAAAUGACAUCAUCCAGAAUGGAGUCCAUUCAGUACGACCAUCCAAACCACACUGUCACUGUAACAACAGUUAGCAGUUUAGAUUUGACUGCUGCCAAUUUGUACCUUGGUGCAAACCAGGAUUGUGUUUUUUUUUGUCGAUUACCUUUGAAGCCUGAAGACGCUGAGGAAGAGCAGACGUUGAAGAGAGAUGAUCUGAACGUGAAAAGAGACAAUCCCUUACCAAGGAAAGGAGCUGAACCCAUUAUGUCUGCAAAAAUCUCUUCACUGACAUCUGCCCUGCAUUCACGUGUGAAAAAUCAGAAGGGAAAGAAAUGGAAAAGUUCACAUGAUCAGGUCAAAACCCCCCCAAAAGGCAAGACCACAAAAUCACAGAGAAGAAAACGGACAGGAAAACCAGGGGGGGGGGAGUGGUAAUUCAAAGAAAUACCAAAAAAGUGAAUAAAGUGUCACUUUGUCACUAUUGGAACUGAGUAAUCAACAAUCCUAGAUCUCUAUUUACAGAGAUGUACUGUAGCUGGAUGUUGAUUGUGAUCGGCUAUGCUUAGACAUUGCCAAGUCAUUCCAUUUCAGGGGAAGAUGCUUAAGUCACAAUAGCUUCUUUUUGGGAAUAUAGUGGAACUAAUAAGUGACAGUGGCACAUACUAAGAUAUUUUAUUCUAGGAACAUUUUGUUUCUUAAAAGGGACUGUUGAAUCUGAUGAUCAUAUUUGUGGAGCUCAUUUGUUCUUCAAACUGCCGAAGUCUUCAAUGCAUUGCACCACACUUUGUUUUCCACCCUCAAGGUCUGGAUACUGUCAUAUGUGUGAAGUCUUACUGUGAUUAAUAACCAUUUAUAGAAGCUUAUUGAAUAGUUACACAACAGAAAGUUUUCAGUGGCAAAGGCCAUUUGACCUGCCUAGCCUCAUCUGUCCCAAAUUACAGAUUUUCUCAUGUGAACUGCGUCUUACUUCUCUCACCGCUGCCUAUAGAUCUUGAAAUGCACAAAUUAUGCAAUAAUGAUACCUGGAGCUUUCAACUUUUUUUCAACGUACAUCGAUCCAGCCCACUUUUAAAGGCACUCUGAAAGUAGCAAUCCAUUGUUGUGUGACAGUGACCUGUAACAGUUCUCUUAAUCUUGAUUCAGACUUGAUCAUUUGCAUCCUUAACCUUUCUCUUGAAAUGCCAGCUGCUUAAUUUGAUAAGACCUGUACGGUCCAGUACUUUAAGUUAUCAUGUAAAUGUUCCCUGUUAUUUGUCAACAUCUUUAUUGUCUAAGCAGAAAAGUAAUGAAGUUCUUCUGUGUGACCAUUAUAUCUCAUAGUGUAUGCCUUGCGUCUGAUUCUGAUGAUUUUUCCGUGUCAGCUUAGAAAACUUUGAAGCCUCACAGCAGAAAUAUGUGUAUUCUCUUUGGAUGCGUUACUGCAGAUUAAAAACAAGAUUUGUGAAAAUGUCUUAUAGAAAGUGGAGUUUUGCAGAAAAAGCUUUAUACGUAAAUAUCCUGAUUGAUAUCCUGAUGUAUUUACAGAUUUACUAUGAUUGCUAUUGAUUUCAUUUCGUAAAAAGAAAAAUUACAUAUAAUGUGCUAUUGCUUUUUGUUGUGGGUAAAGUGUUAUUGAAUUAUGUGUGAAAAAAUGUUAAUUUGUGCCAGACUGAUACUGAUGCCUUAAGUUUUUUUGAAUAUUCUUUUGGGUGAGUGAGGUCACGUAACUUUUAAUGAAUAAUUUCCCCACUAUUUCCCACCCAAAACUGUUAUUUGACAUUUUCCAAAUCCAGUUUAGUUAGCUCGUAAGGUUAGUUACAUUUCUGAAUGGCAAUUUUACCUGUAAGUUUUGGUGCUGGGCAGUUAUGACUCUUUUUAAAAAAAAUUGGUCUCCUGUCCCACUUGUGAUGAGAACAUAGAUCCAUAUGUACUCUAAUACUGACAGAGUUCAACAAGGCCAAUUUUUUAAAAAAAUGCCACAACUUGAAGAAAAAAGAAGGGAGUUUGCCUUGGUGGUUUGGUUGACAUUAAUCUUAUUACUAACAUUUGAAAAAAAAGAUCUAGUCAUAAACUCAUUGCGGUUGUGGGAUGUUUCUGUGUACAUAUUGGCUGUCAUGUUUUCUCCAUUACACCAGUGACAACAUUUUAAAAAUAUUUAGUAGAUUGUAGUGUGUUUUAGAUGUUCUUAGGUUACGAAAGACAAUCUUGUAACAUUGAACAUUACACCCUUACAAAACCAAAUAGGGCUUUGGGUCUGUGGCCAGUUGAAGGAGACAUUUGAACCUGAAAAUUAGAUUUAACAAAAGAAAAGAUUGAUCAUAGUAUUGACUAACCUAUUUUCUAAGUUGCGUUUAGGUAUUGUGUUGUUGUAACUCUGAAAAGUUGAACAAAAAGAAAACUGAAAUGCUAAUGCACAUCAUCAAGAGUUGAAUUUUAAGGGAAUAAAGGGAAGAGGGAUGCUGCCAAACCUACUGAGUAUUUCCAGCAAUGUUACUUUUAAUAAAGAAGGCACACUGGAUUGGAUUGGUGUAAAAGGUGUUGUUUCACCUCACUGACAUUUUGACUGGAAUAUUCUUUAUAAAGUAAAAUAUUGUG